UUAUCCUAUCCGGGAAGGGAGGAUAACAAGCAUAAUCGUGCUCUCGCCGGCCCAUUCCAGCUCCCAAACCUCCGAAGGAUGCUGGCUUCCAUGAAUAUAGCUCUGGUGGCCGCCAACGGUUGCCGUGGCCUCGGUACGUCACUAGCCCUGCAGCGCACUUUGGCCAGAACUCGUGCUAAUUUCAGUGCUACUGUUUGCGGCAAUUACUUUGCUGCUCGGCGUUCUCUGAGUUCGAAGAGCAGCGCAUUCCCUUGCGAAUCCUCUGUUACAGAUGUUGCAGUUACACAAACUGCUACUACUUUUGCUGAGAAUGGGUAUUCCCAGUAUCAUCGUUUGCUUCCAUGCCCCUCAUUCAGUGGACCACCACGAGUUGAACAUCUGGUUGUUUUGGAAGGGGGGCCUGUUAUGGAGUACAUCUCUAAAUCCUUGGAUCUUCCUCCUCUGUAUGUUGCAGACCUCAUUCAUUUUGGUGCGGUAUAUUAUGCCUUAGUAUGCCCCCAGCCUCCUCCAACGGCAACCCCCGAGCAAAUUAGACUAUUCAAAAAGUUCACAGAACCAUCAUUUUUGAAAGGGCGAAAAUCUAUCAAAGGGAAAACAGUGAGGGAAGCACAGAAGACUUUCAGGAUAACUCGCAUUGAUGAGUUUGUGGAGGUUGGAACAUACUUGCGUAUUCAUGUGCAUCCCAAACGCUUUCCAAGGUGCUAUGAAAUUGACUGGAAAUCAAGAAUUAUUGCUGUGACAGAGUCCUAUGUGGUUUUGGACAAACCUGCUGGUACAUCGGUUGGAGGCACUACUGACAACAUUGAAGAAAGUUGUGCAACCUUUGCAACCCGUGCUCUAGGAUUAACAUCUCCGUUGUGGACGACCCAUCAGAUUGACAACUGUACUGAAGGCUGUGUCAUUCUAGCACGGACAAAAGAAUAUUGCUCCGUCUUCCAUCGUAAAAUCAGGGAGAAAAAGGUUAAGAAGCUUUAUCUUGCUCUUGCUGCUGCUCCAGUGCCAAUAGGAAUAAUAACACACUAUAUGCGGCCAAUUAAUAUUGCUCCAAGGCUUGUUUCAGAAGAUUGUAUUGAUGGAUACAACUUGUGUCAGCUUGAGGGAUUGGAAUGCAGAGAGGUUGCAUGGCCGGAUGCUGAUAUUGAAGAAAAAUACUGUAUUGAAGAAUGUGGGUGGCCCUCCAAAACGAAAGCAUAUGAAUGCAAAAUCAACCUCUUGACUGGUCGGACACAUCAGAUUCGAGCACAACUGGCCAAUUGUGGAGCACCAUUGGUUGGUGAUUCCAUGUACAUGCCCGCAGCAGUUGCAGAGAUGGCUAAUCCUGGGUUGAAUCCAUUUGGAAAAUGUAAGAAAGAGUAUGCAAGUGAAGAAGAUAAAGAAAUUGCAGUGACAGAGUGGAUUUCCAGGCAUGGAAAAGAACCAGCCAUGGCUAUUGGACUGCAGGCUUAUGAGAUAUCAUGGGAUUCGAUGGAACACAUUUACAAUGCUGGGACUCCUUGGUGGAAGCAGGAACAAUUAUAGCCGGAUAUUGACUCGAAGCCGUCGUUUUGCAUUGGCCAACAUUCUCCAAAUCUGCAAUUACGUAAGCAAUUUUCAUAUAGUUGAUGGGGCUCUGCUUGCUUAGGUCACUUUCCUGGAUGCAACUGCACUGACAUUGUUGCCCAUCAAAUUUUGGGCAAUGAAAUUUUUGUACCAAAAGGCUGAAAACUUUGGAGUUCUCUUCAGAGUUGCAUAAUCUACAUGGUAAAGCCCAAACCUUUCAGUAAAUCCACUUAUCCAUUCGAAGUUAUCCAGCAAAGACCAGGCGAAGUAUCCUCUCACAUCUGCUCCUUCCCUGAACAAGCACCACAUUAAAUACAAUCCGGACAAGCUUCAAUUCAAUCAUGGGUGCACAAAGUGAAACUCUUCUUUUCUAUUGGACACUUGAAUGGAUAUAGUUUAAUUCAAGCUUUUCAUUCUGUACUCUCAGUGGUUGUAAUCAAGUUUGAUGUUAUAUGCAUGAAUUCAGAAGUAUAUAGUCUAUAGGUGGUGCUCCGCGAAGCAUUAGAUCUCUUGUCUGUUCCCGAUCAUGGUGUGACAUGGUGCAAAUUCAGUAUUUUUUUGGCUAAAGGCACUUUCUUAUGGUCCU